AUGUCGACUUCAACACCAGAAGAGCUUUUCAAGAACGCCGAGAAGAAAGCCUCCGCUUCUGGCGGCUGGUUCUCUUCCGCUACCUCCAAGCAAGAAGAAGCCGUCGAGUUGUUCAAAGCAGCCGCGAACAAAUUCCGUAUCGCCAACCGAUUCGAAGAAGCCGGCAACGCUUACAUGCGUGCUGCCGAAACAGAGACCAAGACCGGCGAAAAAGAUUAUGCUGCCAAUACAUUCUUCGAGGCCAAUAAAUGUUUCCGUAUGUCUCGCCCUGAGUUGGCUGUCGUGGCGCUAACAAGGGCAAGGGAGAUUUUGAUUGAAAGGGGAAGAUUCAGACAGGCAGCGGACAGGGAGAAAGCUGUUGCAGAGCUAUACAAAAAUGAGGCUGCGGAUGGAGAGAAGGCCUUGGAAGCGUACGAACAGGCUGCAGCGUGGUAUCUGCAGGAGGGAGCGAAUGCAACUGCCAGCGGGUGCUACAGGGAGGCAGCCCAAUUGGCGACGGAUCUAGGAAGGUUCCCACAGGCUAUCGAAAGAUGGGAACAGGUAGCAAGUAUGUCUCUGGAGAGCAACUUGACAAGAUAUAGCGUCAAGGAUUACUACCUGAACGCUGGAAUGUGUUAUUUGGCUAUUCCUGACUACGUUGCAGCAGUCCGCGCGAUGCAAUUCUACGCAGAACAAGAUCCAAGCUUCCCUACAACCAUGGAAGGUCGUUUCCUCCACUCCCUCGUCCAAGCAUGCGAAGAAGGCGAUCUGCAAGCAUUUGACGGUCGAGUACAGGAAUACGACCGAACUAAAAAGAUUCAGGGCUGGCAGGCAUCACUCCUGCGUGCGGUGCGAAAGGGGAUUCAGGAUGAACCGGAUCUUUCCUAA